AUGGAGCUGGUGCGCGUUGAUCUCGCGAAAGCGAACGGCAGCUACCACGGUCAAACGUCACCGAUUGAUGCUGGAGGCCGGGUGGGUGAUGGACAGGAUGGGCAAAUACAGUUCGAUCGGCUCGAGUUCGAGAGUCCGGAGGAUUUAAUGCGCCAUCUGUACUACACGUGCAUGCGGUCCAACGUUUCCGAGCCGCCCUGGACCACCGAUGGUAGUACGGCAUUUUGUCCCCGACGCUUCGACGGGUGGUCCUGCUGGGAACCGACACUGGCGGGUACGGUGGCGGACAAUUUUUGUCCAAAGUUUAUACUGGGCUUUGAUCCACGCCGGCAAGCCUAUCGUACAUGUCAUGAGAAUGGGUCCUGGUUCGUACACCCGCACUCCGGCCGGGAAUGGUCCAACUACACGAACUGUAUCGACACGGAUGAUAUGCAGCUUCGUCGGUUGGUGAACGACAUUUACAUCGGCGGAUACACGGUUUCCUUCUUAACGCUAAUUAUAUCGUUGUGUAUCUUCCACAGCUUUCGCACACUCAAAUGCACCCGCAUACGGAUCCACAUCCAUCUGUUCACCUCGCUGGCACUGAGCUGUCUGUUUUGGAUCGUCUGGUACAAGUUUGUCGUCGAGGAUCCGGAGGUGCUGAAUGCAAAUACGGGCUGGUGCGUUGGACUUCACAUACUGCUGCACUACCUGAUGCUGGUUAACUAUUUCUGGAUGUUUUGCGAAGGGCUUCACCUGCAUCUCGUGCUCGUCAUAGUCUUCAUCAAGGAUAUUGUCGCAAUGCGUUGGUUUGUCACGAUCGGCUGGAUAUUGCCGGUGGUGUUGGUGAGCCUGUACGCCCUCGUCCGCAACACGCAGCCACUCGAUACGGAGCACUGCUGGAUGGACGAAAGCCACGCCAUGUGGUUGCUGACGAUUCCUGUGUGCUUCUCGCUGGUCGCCUCGCUGGUGUUUCUUAUCAACGUCGUCCGAGUGUUGCUGACGAAGCUAAGCUCCACCUCACCCCAUCCGGCACCGCUCGGGCUGCGGAAAGCCACACGUGCAACGUUGAUUCUGAUACCGCUGUUCGGUCUGCAGCACAUCCUGUUGCCGCUGCGGCCGGAGAAGGGCUGCUCGCUGGAGCGGUACUAUCAGAUCGGGGCCGCCCUGCUGAUCAGUCUGCAAGGUUUGUGCGUGUCGUGUUUGUUCUGCUUCGCCAACCACGACGUAAUCUUUGCGGUACAGUGCUACCUGAGCCGAUUUUUACCCGACCUAGUGACACAUCCCUUUCUCGAGAGCAAUGGUGGGCAACCGGCCACGCAGAGUCGGGACGUGGUCGUAUGA